AUGGUUUUCCCUCUUUUGCAUGAGACGGCCGAAGCCAGCCAGGAGGACCACAGAUGCCCGCCUGCUUGCGACCCUACCGGCAUAGACUGGUGGACCGAAAUCCCCAUCUCCAAAGACUCCAAUUCCCCAUCCUGCCUGGCGGUGCCUGUUGUUGGCGUCCCAUUCCUUGCACAGUCCCACUCGACCGCCAAGACUACCAACGGGAUGCACAACAAAGACUUCCAAGCGAAGGAUCGCUUAACAGAUUUGCAUCCUACUGCUGCUCCGGCCCAUAAUCAGAAUUCGGUUGCACCAGCAUUGUUGGAUCUUCGAUCGCCCAUCGUUCCAUCCCAAUUGCAAUGCCCAUGGCUCAUUGCACUUAGGCUCCGCUCCACUUGCAAGUCAAAAGUGGCGCCCCAAAUCGGCUCCGCAUGCGCUUCUCUCGUGUCGAUGCCGCCAAGACCUGGUAAACACCAUCAGGGCGCAAUAGGAGUCGUACAAGGUACCAUGCAUCCCGUUGUCGCUCUGCCUUGA